GGUGGAUCAUGAGGUCAAGAGAUCAAGACCAUCCUGGCCAACAUGGUGAAACCCGUCUCUACUGAAAAUAAAAAAAUUAGCUGGGCGUGGUGGCAUGAGCGCCUAUAGUCGCAGGUACUUGGGAGGCUGAGGCAGAAGACUCACUUGAACCCGGGAGGCAGAGGUUGCAGUGAGCCGAGAUCACAUCACUGCACUCCAGCCUGGCAACAGAGUGGGACUCUGUCUCAAAAAACAAACGAACAAGCAAAAAAAAAAAAAGUGUCAGUUCUGAAGAAUGAUGCCUGGUGGUUUCCUCCUAAGGACCUACAACUGUGCUGACCACAUGUAAGAGUAGGCAGGGCUCAGUAAGUGGGAUGAGUGUCCCAGAGCAGGAGUGAGGCAGCACCAGAAUUAGAGCUCUGGUUCCCUGACUGCAGCACUGCCCCGCCUCGCCCGACUCCCGCACCUCUCUGUUAUCCAGCCCCCAACAUGGAGAGCAGGUCUACACUCUUAGUCUCUCAGCACCCUGGGACAAAGAAGCAGGAAGAAAAGAACACAAGGACAAUGCCAGAAACCAGGGGACCUGACAGCCCAGACAGCAUCCUCCACCCGGGUGCCUGAGAGGUCUACGGCUCUCGCAGGCUCUGUGAGGGCUUUGCUAUGACCUCAGUCCCCUCACGGAGCCAGGACUGCCCCUUGCUGCCGCAGCCUUUCCAGGUCCCCGCCCCGCCCUGCCCCAUCCUCAGCCCCGAGUCACCAUGGGCAGCGUCAGUAGCCUCAUCUCCGGCCACAGCUUCCACAGCAAGCACUGCCGGGCUUCGCAGUACAAGCUGCGCAAGUCCUCCCACCUCAAGAAGCUCAACCGGUAUUCCGACGGGCUGCUGAGGUUUGGCUUCUCCCAGGACUCCGGUCACGGCAAGUCCAGCUCCAAAAUGGGCAAGAGCGAAGACUUCUUCUACAUCAAGGUCAGCCAGAAAGCUCGGGGCUCCCACCACCCAGAUUACACAGCACUGUCCAGCGGGGAUUUAGGGGGCCAGGCUGGGGUGGACUUUGACCCGUCCACACCCCCCAAGCUCCUGCCCUUCUCCAAUCAGCUAGAAAUGGGCUCCGAGAAGGGUGCAGUGAGGCCCACAGCCUUCAAGCCUGUGCUGCCACGGUCAGGAGCCAUCCUGCACUCCUCCCCGGAGAGUGCCAGCCACCAGCUGCACCCUGCCCCUCCAGACAAGCCCAAGGAGCAGGAGCUGAAGCCCGGCCUGUGCUCUGGGGCGCUGUCAGACUCCGGCCGGAACUCCAUGUCCAGCCUGCCCACACACAGCACCAGCAGCAGCUACCAGCUGGACCCACUGGUCACACCCGUGGGACCCACCAGCCGUUUUGGGGGCUCCGCCCACAACAUAACCCAGGGCAUCGUCCUCCAGGACAGCAACAUGAUGAGCCUGAAGGCUCUGUCCUUCUCCGACGGAGGUAGCAAGCUGGGCCACUCGAACAAGGCAGACAAGGGCCCCUCGUGUGUCCGCUCCCCCAUCUCCACGGACGAGUGCAGCAUACAGGAGCUGGAGGAGAAGCUGUUGGAGAGGGAGGGCGCCCUCCAGAAACUGCAGCGCAGCUUCGAGGAGAAGGAGCUUGCCUCCAGCCUGGCCUACGAGGAGCGGCCGCGGCGCUGCAGGGACGAGCUGGAGGGCCCGGAGCCCAAAGGCGGAAGCAAGCUCAAGCAGGCCUCGCAGAAGAGCCAGCGCGCGCAGCAGGUCCUGCACCUGCAGGUACUGCAGCUUCAGCAGGAGAAGCGGCAGCUCCGGCAGGAGCUCGAGAGCCUCAUGAAGGAGCAGGACCUGCUGGAGACCAAGCUCAGGUCCUAUGAGAGGGAGAAGACCAGCUUUGGCCCCGCGCUGGAGGAGACCCAGUGGGAGGUGUGCCAGAAGUCAGGCGAGAUCUCCCUCCUGAAGCAGCAGCUGAAGGAGUCCCAGACGGAGGUAAACGCCAAGGCUAGCGAGAUCCUGGGUCUCAAGGCACAGCUGAAGGACACGCGGGGCAAGCUGGAGGGCCUGGAGCUGAGGACCCAGGACCUGGAGGGCGCCCUGCGCACCAAGGGCCUGGAGCUGGAGGUCUGUGAGAAUGAGCUGCAGCGCAAGAAGAACGAGGCAGAGCUGCUGCGGGAGAAGGUGCACCUGCUGGAGCAGGAGCUGCAGGAGCUGCGGGCCCAGGCCGCCCUGGCCCGCGACAUGGGGCCGCCCACCUUCCCUGAGGACGUCCCCGCCCUGCAGCGGGAGCUGGAGCGGCUGCGGGCUGAGCUGCGGGAGGAGCGGCAAGGCCAUGACCAGAUGUCCUCAGGCUUCCAGCAUGAGCGGCUGGUGUGGAAAGAGGAGAAGGAGAAGGUGAUUCAGUACCAGAAACAGCUGCAGCAGAGCUACGUGGCCAUGUACCAGCGGAACCAGCGCCUGGAGAAAGCCCUGCAGCAGCUGGCACGCGGGGAUAGCGCCGGGGAGCCCUUGGAGGUUGACCUGGAAGGGGCUGACAUCCCCUACGAGGACAUCAUAGCCACCGAGAUCUGAGGGGCUGGGAAGGCGAGUCUGGGGACCUGGCACUGGGAGGCAGGGCUCUCCCGUGCAUCCCCCCUGCUCAGCAAUUCAGACCCGUCUGAGAGACGCCACUCCCUGGGACACAGACCCAGGACCCCCGAGGCGAGGGCAGGAUGGCCUUUCCUUCCAUCUCUGAUGUCCCAGUGCUCACCAGCCCUGCAGCCCACCAGACCUCAGGCCCUGACUCCUCUGGCUUUCCCAGGAGAUGGGUCCAGGGGUCUGUCUGCUUUGGUUAAGGGCUCCGUAAAUUUUGGCCUUUGUUCAAAAUAGCUAUCCUCUCCCCCUCCUCCAGGGAAGGUGGCCACAGCAAGUACAGCGGCUCCCCUGCUCUUCUCAUCCCAACCUGUUUUUCCUCCCGGACACAUUGGAAUGCCUUGGAAAUAGAAAGAAGCCAUAUAUGACCAGAAGCCUUGGAACCAGCCCCAUCAGAACCUGAGCUAUUUUCCUCUGGCCGCAGAGGUGUAGGGGUGGAAUGAGCUGCGGGGAAGCUGGCUUCGAAACCUCAGGGCUGUCCCAGCCCCGGCAAGCCACAGGAAGGAGGAGAGAGACAGGCAGCCCAGCAGUGUGGAGACCCUGCCACAGCCAGAGGAGGGCAGAGGGAGAAUCCAAGGGUUGAGAGCCAGUGGCGGAUGAUGGCCAGUCCCUGGGGCCCAGCCCCUGUUUACUGGUUCUUGCAAAUGGGAGCUGAGCAGCCUCUGAACAGCCAGUGGCCUUUGACCUCGGUGACCACUCUUCUUUAAGCCAUAGACCCUGAGGCCCUGGGCUGGGUGCUGGGAAGGGAGGGUUGAAGCCACCGUGAACCAGAGGGUGUGGCUUUCCAGUCGCCCUCGGGGAGCCUCCCCAUCUGUCCAGCUGGGGCCAGAGGCUGGGAGUCCCUACCUGGUUCACGUUGGCCGGUGGCUACUCUGGAAUGUUUUCCCCUCCCCAGAAUCAAGCUUUUGCUUGAUCCAGAAGAGCCCAUAUCACUAAGAUGGCAUAUAUGUGAUCUGGACGUUUUCCUCCUCUGCCUACAGCCAGGUUUGGUGGCACACCUUUCCCCCUUAGCACCUUCAGGGCUGAAUUCUGGGUUUCUAGAGGUCAGGACGGCUCCUCAGAGCGCCAGGAAGCCAGAGCCCCAAGCAGGACGAAAAAGAGGCAUAUACAUAGCAGUGUGCAUAGCCUGGCCACCAGCCAUCCUCCCUCCACCUCAAGACCCCCAUUUGUCCCAGACUAAAGGAUCCAGAGAGCAGGUCCCUUUCUCAGGAGCUUGGGCAGUGCCCCAGGGAGUCCAGGGUUUCUCUGCAGAUGUGCAGAGCUGGAGGCGGUGGUAGAGAAGGAUAAAAGGUGGAGUUUCUCUGUUGUUUGGUUCAGGGAUUUUAUUUUUAUUUUUAUUUUUAUUUUUAUUUUUAUUUUUAUUUUUAUGAGACAGGGUCUCGCUCUGUCCCCCAGGCUGGAGUGCAGUGGCAUGAUCAUAGCUCACUGCAGCCUCAUACUCCUGGGCUCAAGCAAUCCUCCCGCCACAGCCUUCCAACUAGCUGGGACUACAGGUGCAUGCCACCAUGCCUGGCUAACUUUUCAUUUUUUUUGUAGGGACGGGCUCUCGUUUUGUUGCCAAAGCUGGUCUCAAACUUCUGGCCUCAAGCAAUCCACCUGCCUUGGCCUCCCAAAGUGCUGAGAUUGCAGAUGUGAGCCACCGUGCCUGGCCAGAUUUUUCUUUUAUUCUUCUUUCUUUCUUUUUCUUUUUUGCUUUCUUGUCUUUUCAGAAGCAAGCCAGACCUAGCAGGCUGUUCCAUGUUCUAUUUUUGACUGUAGCCACAGCUGCUGUUCUCAGGACAGCAGCCCUUCCCACAUGCCUGCGCCUGCUGCCUGCUGAGAUGAGGAGGGGAGCGUCUGGGAACUUGAGUCCGAGGCCAGUCCCCAUUUCUGCCUCGCUCACCGCUGGCCCUUAGAGACCCCGAGGUAGGGGUGGGGAGAUGCUUCUCUCCUUGCUCCCCACCCUCAUGGGUCCUAGCCCUUCCCUGAGUGCGGGCUGAGGCCAGAGUCACCUUUUCUGUGGCUGGCUCUACCUUCCUGUCCCUGGGGUUCAACGGUGCCCAUCCUGCCAUCCUCAAACGACAGAAGAGCUUUUCUGGAAUUUCAAACCAUUGCUCUUAGUCCCAAGCUAGGCUUAAACCUGGAAUCCACAAGCAAAGGUCCCUCCCUGCCUGAGGGCAGUACCCUCCAUUGGGCACAGUUCAGACCCAAGUCAAAGAUGCCCCAUUCCUUGCCCCCCAGCCCUCAGUUCCUUCAUUUCCACCAGGCUGUGCCUUGUUUGAGUUUUUUCUCCCAGUGAGACUGCCCCACGGAGAGAGAGGAAAGCGCUGGCUCCCCCUCCCCAGGCUGGAGACCGCCCUCUCCAACCACAGGAAAGAGCAGCCAGAGUCCAGCGCUCUGCCCUCAGAGGUUGCCUGAGAAGUGGCUGCCACACCCAGGGGAAGGCCCUGAGGCGCGAGGCUGUGCUCCACCAUGGUGUCCCCGUACCCUCCAUACACAGGGCAGUGCAGCCUUCUCCAUAUCUCCACGGCCCUGUCCCAGGCCAGCCCAGAUGUGUUCCCCCCAGGCCUUGUCCAACGUCCAAGGUGGCAGAUGUCUUCCCUGGGCUGCCACCAGCCCCGGCCCCAGAGUGGCCCACAGUGGCACUAGAAUGCAAGUGUCCUGCGACCUCGCGACCUCACCUUCCUGUGGGUGUUCUUUCCUGCCCUGUCCGAAAGCGCCCUCACUAUUCUUGGACCAUGCUAGAUUCUGCCUCUCUGGAAAGAGGCUCUGGACAGCAGAAGCCUCCAAGCACAGAGCCUGGCCCCAGGCCCCAGACAGGGUGGGCUUCCUGCCCUUCUCUCUGGGCACGCCUGCUGGCUGACCCACUGACCCACUUGGAUGGACCAACCUGCUCUGUCCCCAAAGGACACGUGCAGGAGACAGCAGCACUCCGCACCACCUCACCAAGGAUCGGACUCUGCCCCUGGACCUCAGAAUGACUGGACUGUCACUGGGUUCCCUCCUAGCUCUCUGGGUGAACUCCUGCCAGGCACACACAGCCCCUAUAGCACUGAGCUCACAUGGGACUGGGAUAUGGGGGCAUCUCUUCCCCAGAGAGGCAUUCAGUGAGCCUCCUGUGCCUGGCCCCAGCCUGGGCCAUCUCUUAAGUGAGACAAUUGCCCGAAACUAAGCCAGGCCUGGCUGGAGGAGCAGCAGCUUUGGGAGAGGGAUUUCCCUGCAGACCUCAAGUCAUCAUGCGGUGGGUGCUGCCAUGACAGAGGCUGCACCCCUGGGCCAGUGGGACUGCUCACCCACCUCUUGUGCAAGGUGGCCUUCGUGCUGCGCCUGCAGGCAGAGCUGGAGCCCCCAGCAGAGGCAGGCUGGGACGGACCAGCAUUUGGAAGAUGUACAUAGUUAUUUUUCUCUUUGUGAUUUCUCGUUUGGUUUGGUUUGCUUUUGACAGCUUCAUUUUAUUUUUGACGUCACUUUUUGGCCAUGUAAACUAUUUGUGGCAAUUUUACGUUUUUAUUUAUGAAUAAAGAAUGCCAUUUCUCACGCC